CGCCGCCGCACUCUGAGGGGGCGGGGCCUGGGCCGCGGCGCACAGUCAGCCACGGUCCCAGCCUGCCCCGCGCCGGCAAACGAGAGCAAAGCCAGUGACUCACCUCCGCCGCGCUAACUCCUCGCUAGCUCUCCCCUCACACACGCUCACGCCCGGUUCGAGAUGGCGGCGGCGGCGGCAGCGGCGGGGGACUCUGAUUCUUGGGACGCCGACACGUUCUCCGUGGAAGACCCGGUGCGGAAGGUGGGGGGCGGCGGCACUGCCGGCGGGGACCGCUGGGAAGGCGAGGACGAGGACGAGGACGUCAAGGAUAACUGGGAUGAUGAUGAUGAUGAAAAAAAAGAGGAAGCAGAAGUAAAACCAGAAGUAAAAGUUUCAGAAAAGAAAAAAAUAGCAGAGAAAAUAAAAGAGAAAGAACGGCAACAGAAGAAAAGGCAAGAAGAAAUUAAAAAGAGGUUAGAAGAACCUGAAGAACCUAAAGUGCUAACACCAGAAGAACAAUUAGCAGAUAAACUGCGACUAAAGAAAUUACAGGAAGAAUCAGACCUUGAAUUAGCAAAAGAAACUUUUGGUGUUAAUAAUACUGUUUAUGGAAUAGAUGCAAUGAACCCGUCUUCAAGAGAUGACUUCACAGAGUUUGGAAAGUUACUAAAAGAUAAAAUUACACAAUAUGAAAAGUCACUAUAUUAUGCCAGUUUUUUGGAAGCCUUAGUUCGAGAUGUAUGUAUUUCAUUGGAAAUUGAUGACUUGAAAAAGAUUACCAAUUCAUUGACUGUGCUUUGCAGUGAAAAACAAAAGCAAGAAAAGCAAAGCAAAGCCAAAAAGAAGAAGAAAGGUGUGGUCCCUGGAGGGGGAUUAAAGGCUACCAUGAAAGACGAUCUGGCAGAUUACGGUGGCUAUGAUGGAGGAUAUGUACAAGACUAUGAAGACUUCAUGUGACAUUUUCUCUUCUCCUGGUGUCUUCUUUCUGUUGCCCACAAUCCCUUCAACAUGUAGCACAACUUCCUUUCCUUUCAGUUCUGCCAAAUGCUACAAUCAGAAGUGCAGUAUCUUUUGUGCUGGUUAUUUAACCCCUUGACACUUAGGUGCUAAUGUGCGAAUGAGGGAACUUGGAUCUUGCUGCCAAGGGGUUAAAAUUGGGAACCUCAGUCGCUACUAAAUCAUAGUUUAAAAAAGAAAAAAAAAAAAAC